AUGACUCGUUCCGACACAGAUUUCUUUUGUUAUAUGGUCAAGGUGGCACUUGAUGUGUACUCACGAAUACAAACGUUUCGUAUUCAAGUGGAAGACGUUGACGAACCGCCGGCAUUUGUCAAUGGUCCAGUGCCGUUCUUAGCCGUUGUACCAUUAGAGACUCCAGUCGGAUUCCAUGUUUACAAGUUUGCCGCUCGAGACGAAGGAGGAGAUGGUGACACUGAUGUCGAAUACCGUCUGAUCAACACCGAACCGUCUGGAAUGUUCACUGUCGACGUCGAUACUGGUGUUGUACGUACGGCUGUUCGACACUACCAAGAAGGGCAAACAUAUCGAGUUCAAGUGCAGGCAAUCGAUAGAACACCUAUCGACAACACAACGAAACUGGAAUCCGAAGUGGCGAAGCUGGAAAUCCUUGCCGGCGAUCGUCCACCACAGUUUCUUCAGCAGCAUUAUAGCGUCUCCCUUUCUGAGGACAGCCUUGUCGAUUACAGUGUUGUAGACGUUCGAGCACAUCGUUUCCGUGCUAUUGAUGAUGGUCGAACAAAAGGCGAGUUACUCUACUCAGUGUGGAGUAACCAUGGAGUAGGUAAUGGUCAGCGCGAAGAGACGACGAUGUUCGGCAUUGACCCGAAGACUGGUGUUGUUCAUCUACGACGUCUACUUGAUUACGAUGAUCCGUCACAACCAAAGCUCUAUAAAUUAACCGUUGUUGCUAGCGAAGACGGAAAGGAGUCGAGCGUUCCAUUGGACGUGCACAUCAUCGAUGUGAACGACAACGCUCCUAUAUUCAGCAGACCUCUUUACACUACACAAGUGAGAGAAGAUUUUCCCGUAGGGAAGCCAAUACUCACAGUUCAAACUGAGGACAAGGAUUCCGGUGAAAACGCCAGAGUUCGGUAUACUGUGGACAACAAUAACUUUACGGUGAACGAUAAGGGAGAGAUCUCUGCUAAGAAUCGAUUGGAUGCGGAUCAGUUCAAGGAGCGUUUCUUCAUAUAUCGAUUUAAUGUUACCGCCAUCGAUUCCGGAAGCCCAUCGCUCAGUUCGAAUGCUACGGUGCACAUUCGAACGGAGAACACCAACGAUGAGGCGCCGGUCUUCUUUCCGACCAGACAGUAUACGGCUUUUGUCGCUGAGGACGCACAAGGUGGUACGCCAGUCGUUCAGAUACAGGCUCGCGACCCUGACCGCGACCAAGUCGAAUAUGCGUUCGUGGACGACGAGGGUACUGAGACCUAUGAGACCAAUUUAUUCCAGAUAGACAAAGAUACUGGAUUAAUCAAGCUUCGACCAGGAGUUCAAGUCUCUCAACUGCUUCAGAAUACUACACCCUACAAUCUUACAGUAAUCGCCAGAGAUGACGGAUCGUGUUGCGCUUCGGAAUCCGUUCGACAUUCGGCUUUGGCUACAGUUCUUAUUGGUACGACAUUCUUUGCAAUGAUGAUCGUCUACUCGCUUUAUUAUGCUCAAAGUGAAUCCAGAAAACCAUUUGUCAUCGAUAAGCUCACCGGCGUACUCACUCCGUCACCGCAUGUCAUCUUUGACAGGGAAACUCGUCCGCGUGAAGACGUCACCGUUAAGGCAACAGAUCGAGGUGAUCGACCACUGAUCGGAUUUUGCCAGUUUUCGAUAGAAGUGGUCGACGUGAACGACAAUGCGCCACAAUUUGAUCGAGCCUCCUAUGAAACUAGCGUAUCUAGAAGCGAAACCAUAGGGACUUCUAUUCUCACUGUGUUCGCGUUUGACACAGAUGCUCCUCACAAUGCAAACGUCACUUACCACUUAGAGCCAGAUCCGUCGGCAGGGGAAGAAUUCCUAAACGACAUCAGCUUCUUUCAAAUUGUUAAUGAGCACUCAGGAGAGAUAACGCUCGUAAAGCCAAUACCCAGGGCUAAGAAGGAAAAAUUCGUAUUCAACGUUAUUGCUGAUGACAAUGGUAUUCCGGAAGCACAAAUGUCCACAGUUCAGGUGACGAUCAAGGUGCACGAAAAACAGCAGUUAGCUCCAAGAUGGCAAUCAAGUUCUGACUGCAAAAAGGAGGUGACAGUUGUGGAGAACACAGAGGUCAUACGAUCAGUUUUUUUCCGGUUGAGCAACGGUGGAGUGAUUCGUCCCGGAAAAGCGGAUUCGAAAUUUCGUCAGUUCAACAAAAUUGAAGAUGGUCGUGAAUGGGUUGAGGUGGUGAUCAUGGAGCCAUUGGAUUACGAACAAGCUCACAAUUAUACGCUUACUCUUACUGCUACGGUACACUAUCGUAUCCUUGACGUUCCGGAUUCGCGGGCGGCUCGUCUGUUUCGCAUUGAUGAGCUGACCGGUGAGAUUUGGCCGAAUGCGAAAUUUGACCGAGAAGAAAAGGAUAUGUACAUUCUAACGGUUGAGGCCAGAGAUAAUUCACCAUCAGCACUACCUGGUGCUAGUGGACCGAAUAAAGAUAAUGUGAAGGUGCAGAUUGUGAUUGGCGAUGUGAACGACAAUGCACCAUCGUUUGAUGAAGCGAAGUUUAUUGGAAAAGUCCUGGAGAAUGCCGAUGCCGACUCCACAUUGCGCUACGAUGUGGUUGCCGCUCAGGGCGGUCGAAUUCCAUUCGGCGCUCGAACAGAUAGUGGAGCGAUCUUCGUCAAGGAACCACUCGAUUAUGAACAGGAAUCCGUCUAUCAUCUACGGCUUCUGGUAUCUGAUGGACGUCACAAUGCCUCCACAGACGUUUUCAUCUACGUCGAAGACGUUAAUGAUAAUGCUCCAGUAUUUGAUCAGCCGAGCUACACCACUACCAUUCUCGAGGAAGAUCCCGAUAUUCCGAAGAUUUUAUUCCAGUUACACGCAACCGAUGCUGAUAAAGAUGAGAAGAGCCGACGUAUCAUCUACUUAUUAGAAGGCCAAGGUACUGGUGAAUUCUUUCGCAUUGGACGUGAAUCCGGCGAAAUUGAACUAAUCAAGGCGCUGGAUCGUGACCCACCAAACGGUGUUCCUACAUGGAAUUUUAUUGCACAAGCAAUUGAUGACAACGGUAGAGGGCUGAUUGGUUAUGCUGAUGUGCAGGAAAACCGCGAACCACAAUCUCGAGAUGGUAUCUACUUUAUGGAUGUUCGAGCCACUGACUAUGAUGACCCAAUCACUGAUAACGCUCGUCUUGACUACAGCAUCAUUCUGAAUAAGGAAAUCGAUGGAGUGCCAGUGUUCCGGAUCGAUCCGAGCUCGGGGAAAAUUUUUGCAAUGAGAGCUCUCGAUCGUGAGCUUCCAUCGGAACGGGAAUUCGUUAUUGAAGUCCGUGCAACCGACCAUGGAACGCCUCCAAGAGAAGGUGCCACAAAUGUUACCGUGAAGGUUCUGGACAAGAACGACAACGCGCCGUCGUUUGAGCGUUCUCACUAUCACGCGAUAGUCGAUGAGACGAUCGCUGUCGGAUCGGCUAUUUUGUUAAAUUCCAGAGACAAUCUGUUCACCUACACGUUAGCUGACGAUUCUAAGUACUUCUAUAUGACUACUGAUCGUGAUUCCAGCGAUUCCUAUGUGGGAGUUCUACGAGUGAAACAAGUAGGUCUUCAUUAG